UCGAAGGAAUGCCAACGGAAUCCUCCAGCUCUCCAUAUUGGAACCAACUCCAGCUUUGGAAAGCUCAAACGGUGGCGAUGACGACUACAUGGAGUCCUCCAGGAGACAUUGUCGAAGGAAAAAAAAAGUUCCGGCAGUUUUCCGCCCAACCAACAGUUUGCGCCUAACAGUAGACUCAUCAUCGUCAUAUUAUCAGCCUGUUGCUCGCUCGCUCGACUCAAACCAAAGGACUCUGCACCGUUCAAUGGGAAACGGUUCUAGGGGAAACAGGGGCAAAAGUUGAAGGAGCUGGUAGUUUAGCUAGAAUGGCGAACGGCGGGACAAGAUAAUCGGUGGAUAUGGAGACGGAUUGAGGCAUUUUGCUGUGUUGGGCUGUUGUGUGGUGGCUUCGCUUCAUCCCCAACAACGGUUGGAACUUUGGGCUCAGUCAGUAGUUCACGGGAAGUCACGCGGAUCGGUCGCAAAAGUGUGUGCUGGGCUAUCUCUGGAGCCACGGUUUUCUCAAAGUGUUGCUACCUUUUUGAGUGAUUGGAGCCCAUUUGUCUUUGACAACAAGCUAAUCAGACCAACCUUUGCUGCUGGAAGUGGGAGUAAAAGUGUGCAAUUCGCAUAACCAAAAAUGGACAGUAAAGAGUUCCGACGCCGGGGCACCGAAAUGGUGGAAUACAUUUGUAACUAUUUGGAAACGCUGGAGCAGCGUCGCGUUACGCCUAGCGUCGAGCCGGGCUACUUGCGGCACCUGCUGCCGGAUGAAGCGCCCGACGAUCCGGAACCGUGGGAAAAGAUUAUGGCCGAUGUGGAGAGUAAGAUUAUGCCCGGUGUAACGCACUGGCAGCAUCCGCGCUUUCAUGCGUACUUUCCGUCGGGAAAUUCGUACCCAUCCAUUUUGGGCGAUAUGCUGAGCGACGGGAUCGGAUGCAUCGGGUUCUCUUGGGCGGCCAGUCCGGCCUGCACCGAGUUGGAGACGAUUGUGUUGGAUUGGUUGGGAAAGGCCAUUGGGUUACCGGAUCAGUUUCUGGCACUUAAACCCGGAAGCAAAGGUGGUGGCGUAAUACAGACGUCGGCCUCGGAAUGCAUCCUGGUGUCGAUGCUGGCUGCCCGGGCUCAGGCCAUCAAAUACCUGAAACAGCAGCAUCCAUUCGUCGAGGAGGGCCACCUGUUGUCCAAGUUGAUGGCCUAUUGCUCCAAGGAGGCCCACAGUUGCGUCGAGAAGGCCGCCAUGAUUAGUUUUGUAAAGCUGCGGAUCCUGGAACCAGAUGAGCGCUGUUCGCUCCGGGCGGAUACACUGAUAAAGGCCAUGGAAGAGGACGAACAGCAGGGCCUGAUACCGUUCUUCGUCUCGACAACCCUGGGAACAACGGGAUCCUGUGCGUUUGAUGAUAUUUCCGAAAUCGGGGACGCACUGCAGCGGUUCCCAAGCGUUUGGCUGCACGUGGAUGCGGCCUAUGCCGGCAAUGCCAUGAUCUGCCCGGAGCUAAAAUAUUUGCUCAAGGGUAUCGAACGUGCGGAUUCGUUCAACACCAAUCCGAACAAGUGGUUGUUGACCAGCUUCGAUUGUUCGACCCUGUGGGUUCGUGAUCGCAUUCGGCUAACCUCGGCCCUGGUGGUGGAUCCUCUUUACUUGAAACAUGGGUAUUCGGAUUCGGCCAUCGACUAUCGUCAUUGGGGAGUUCCAUUGAGCCGACGUUUCAGAUCCCUAAAGUUGUGGUUCGUUCUACGAAGUUACGGUAUCACCGGGUUACAAAAUUACAUAAGACAUCACAUUGAGUUGGCGAAGCGCUUCGAACGAUUGGUUCAGAAGGACAAUCGCUUCGAGGUGUGUAACGAAGUCAAGUUGGGCUUGGUGUGCUUCCGAUUGAAAGGAUCGGACCGAAUCACCGAGAAGUUACUCAUCAGUAUCAAUGCCUCUGGGAAGCUGCACAUGGUCCCAGCGUCUGUCAACGAGCGGUUCGUGAUCCGAUUCUGUGCGGUCGCUCAAAACGCCACCAUUGAAGAUAUUGACUACGCUUGGGACGUUAUCACCGACUUUGCGGCUGAAAUUCUGGAAAAGGAACAGGCCGAUGAGGUCACCGAGAUCGUUGAUCGCCGCAAGACCCACACCUUGGCCCAGAAGCGAUCCUUCUUCGUGCGCAUGGUCAGCGAUCCGAAAAUCUACAAUCCGGCCAUCAACAAAGCUCAAACACCGCGGAUGUCUACGGAACUGACCUCGCCGACCGUCGAUGGAACGGUCGUUACAGUGCAGUCCCCAAACACUCCUGGCUCGGCAUCAUGGAUCAGCUGGCCACUGGCAUUCCUUUUUGCCAAUUCUGAGGAUGGCCCGAAGAACGAUAUGCCUUUGAGAUUCCGCCAUCUGGACACAAAGGUGCGCCUGUCGGCGUCGCGGCGCAAUUCUGCCACCGGGGGUGGAUCAUCACCGUCGCCCGAGGGCGAAAACGGCAUCGUGCUGGCCAAAUCCCCCAAACGAUCACCGAUUAUGAUGCGAAGGCGCGGAACAUCACCCAGCGGACCGGCCCCGGCAAACAGCAACGGUGGUAAUAACAAAUAAAUCCAACGCUUAACGCUCAAUCAACGACGAUCUCAUUACCACUGAUGUCACCAAAAUAACUCGACAGCUGAUUAAAUUGAGAAAACUCUUCGUAAAUUGUAAUUCCGAAUGAACAAGACAUUUUCCAUAUCCAUUCCUAUAAUUGCAAUCGACAAAAAAACCGAUCACAGAAGAUUAAGAAUAAUCGAUUCUCCAAAAAUCAACAGUUCACACGAUUCCACAAGAGUCGAUGGAACAGACACAUGGUUGAAAGCGAAUAAUAAACUAUUUAUUCUCCACGAAACGUCCCCCGCCAUGCACCUGGUUUCCCCAUUCCGGUGAUUCCACCAAGUACAACUUAUAAACACAGAAGCCAAAUUACACAAGCAACCCCUCGAUAAUGAACUACCUAGUAUUAUAGUAGAGGAUAAAAUAAACAAAUAAACAAAAGUAGAAGAGUUAUAUUGAAGGUUUGGGAAAAUGAAAAACGAAAGCAAGAGAAAAACAACAAAUCUGUAUCGAGCCGGUAAGUGAAUAUAAAAUAAGGAAAAGC